AAUUUUCCAGAUUUCCUUUUUAGUGCGCUUGCGCUAAGGGUCAGAGCACAUAUAAGCCGUUUCUUCAACAUUUGUUCAUUCGUUUCCCUCCCACUAGACUUUCUGGGAGCUUUCCCAUCUCUCAGCAAUUUUCAUCACGAGCUGCUGUUUUGAAUCUCAACCGUAUCUGCGAAAUUAGGCCUUUUUGGCUUCCACAAAGGCAUUUUUGAUGGUUGUCUAAUUGUUGUGGGGAAGCUCAAGCCAUGGCUGUGGAAGAUGAAGUGAUGGAAGGCAUCGUGUCUUCUUUGGAGUCCAAUCAGAAAGGAGAAACUCUUUCAGUAGAAGAUGUGGUCUGGGCGGAUUCAUGCCUGGUAAAAGAAUCUGAAAUUCCUGACAGUGAUUGGAAUUCUAUAAAAGAUGCCUUGCUAGAUAUUCUAACUUCUGAAGCUGGAUUGCUUAACUCUUCUGCAUCUGUUAGUGAUGAUCCUAAUGUUGAAAAUGACAUUGAGAUGCCUACUUCUACUGAGGUGGAAAAGGCUGAACUGUUUCUGAGAUCUGGAGCAGAAACCGAAGCAUCUUCGGUAAGAACUCCUAUUGAUCUUCUCCCGAUUAACGAAGAAUCAGGAACAAAUAGUGAAAAUAUUGCAAUCAAGAAGUACCUUAAUGAUUUUCAGUCAUUAGCUUUCGUGGGAAAUCCAUUUCUUCCAACUUACAGUGAUGGCAUGAAGGAAUCUGAAACUACUGAGCUAGGCACUGAUUCGAGUUCUUCAUUAUAUGAUACUGAGCCUACAACAGAUGAUAUAUUCAGGGUCUGGGAUUUGGACGUUCCAGCAGAGGAAGAUGAGCUUGCUAAGCAGUUGAAAAAGGCCCUUGAAGAAAGUUCCCAUCUAUCAAAAUCAUCAACGUUGGAUGAGUCUGUUACAUGGAAAGAUCACAGAGAAGAGUCGAUUGAUGAUGUAAUUACUGGAAUUGCUGACCUAUCUUUGAAACAAAGUUCUAGUUGAAAAGUUCAUUGUAUAUAUUGUUUUGGAAUCUGUGCCCUUUGAAUAGAUAUCCUUUCGCUAACAAUUGGCUAUCUGUGGACGAUUAGAUCAUUGUUUGGUCGAGACAAUGACGGUGUAUUUAGAUGCAUCAUGUACGAGUUGGAUUGUGAUUAAAUAACAUCCUUUCAGGGCGUAAAAAACUUCGUUAAUUUUAUUA